AUGGGCCCUCCGCUGGAGAAGCAGCUUGAGACCACGGAGAAGGAGUUCCGGGAUCUCAGAGAGGAGCUGGAAAAAGAGCUGCAGAGUACUGCACUACCACUUUUCGAGAAGGCAGAAGUCGCUCUGGACGUGUUGGAGAUGAGGGACAUCGCAGAGCUCAAAGCCAUGAAAACGCCUCAGGAGCAGCUGAAGAAGAUAAUGGCCACCAUUGCUGCUGUCGUAUACAACGUGGAGGUGAAGACGGAGGCUGAUUGGAGAGGCAAAGCCGGUCACUCUCUAGUCCCAGACCUCAAGAACUUCGACCGUGAUGCGAUUCUUGUGGAGGAAAAUGCGCAGGUGAAGCGACUUGAGGAGCAUUGUGCUGACGAGGAGCUCAGCAUCCAGGAAAUGGAGAAGUUCAAAGGUCCGAGGAUCGCGAAAUUGUUGAAUACCUGGAUAUGGGCGAUGCGUGAGUAUGCGGUGGUCCGCAAGAAGAUCCAGCCAAGAAUGGACAAGAUGCGCAAGCUUGAAGCGGAGCUCGUAAAGCUUUAUGAAGAGAAAAAGGAGCUUGAGAAAAGCAAGCCCACGGGUUGA